AUGUCAACAUCUCCAGUCAAAAAAACCAAAUUAGACGUUUUGCCACAAUGUCCAUAUGGUAGCAAAUGUUAUCGUAAAAAUCCAGCUCAUUUCAAUGAAUAUUCACAUUCCGAUAAUGUAUCUAUUUCAGUUACUCCGAAAGUAGUUACAACUGAUACUAGUAAAACAUUACCAGUAUGUCCAUUUGGUGCUACAUGUUAUCGAAAAAAUCUAUUACAUUUUGCGGAAUACAGUCAUCCAUUUGAUUUACUCAAUCCUGAUGUUGAUAGUAGUGAUGAAGAAGAAACUAAUCAAUCAAAUAAAAAGAAUGAAAUAAUCAAUGAUGAUAAAAAACGAAAAAGAGAAAGUGAAAAAGAUGAUGAUGAUGAUGGAGAUAAAACAGAAGAAUAUGAUUCAGAUGAUGAAAGUGUAUAUGAUGUAAAAUUGGAGAAAACUUUUUCAAAAAUGACUGAUGAUGAAAAACGUUUAAUGAUUGAACGAGCAUUUGAAUUGAAAGAAAAAUUACAAGAAAAAUUAAAAAAAACUCGUGAAGAAACUGAACAACGAAAAAAAGAAAUUGAACAACUUCAAACAAAAAUUAGUGAAGGUAUAUUAUUAAUGGAAGGUGAAGAAGAAAUUCUUAAAGGUACUAAAGUUAAAUAUUUCGAACUUUUUCCCGAACGAAAUUACAAACAAGGUUCAGCUGCUGAAUUACAUUUUCGUCUAGCUGAAUCUCAAUUUUAUCGUUUAUUAAGUGGAUAUGCAACAGCAAAAGUAAAAAAAGUUGAAUAUGUUUGUAAUCCAAUUUUAAUCAACAAAUUCAAUCAAGCACGAGAAGAACUAAAGAAAAAACGUGGUGAAGAAUAUUCUUAUCCUGUAUUAGCUUUUCAUGGUACAGCUAUUACUAAUAUUCAACCAAUAUGUGAAAAGGGUUUUAAAGUACCUGGUCAAGAAGGAUUUCAGCAUGCAACUGAUACUGGCUUUUAUGGACGAGGAGCAUAUUUUAGUGUAUAUCAUUGUACACAACUAAUAAUGGGCUCUGAUCUUAAAGAAGGUUAUGAUUCACAUUGUUCACCUACUAAACAAGAGCUUAUUAUUUUUCGUAGCGAUUAUAUUCUUCCUCAAUAUAUUGUUCAUUAUACAUUAGAUGCUGGAGAGUUUAAAUAUGCAGCUAGUGGUGCUACAAAAGAAGCUAUAAAGAAAAAAUUAGCUAAAAUCGGAAAAUUAUAUAAAAAAGCAGUAGCAACUAAAGACAAAAAAAUAUUUACUGGUCAUAAGUUUGCAUUCAUUGGUCAAAUGGUUGAUACACCAUUAGCUAUCGAAGCACUUGUUAAACGAUUCGGUGGAUAUGUUUGCAAAAAUACUGUUCCAUUUGGUGGAACAUUAAUGACAACUGGUUUAUUUGUCAAUGGAUAUCCUGCAACUGUUCCAUUUGAUGCACCUAAUGUAAUUAUUUGUUCAAUAGCUGAAUAUGAAGCAGCAACUUCAUCAACUGAAUUACAAGCUUAUAAAAAUAUGAAUUAUUACAAGUUUUAUCGUGAAGAUUUUUUAUAUGAUUCAAUUAUUGAAGGCACAUUAAAAACAUUAGAAGAUUAUGUACAUGAUUGA